UCGCCGCCAUCUCUUCCCAUUCUGUCGCACGAGCCCUGCAUCUGCUUCACUUGGUCUGGCUUUAGGUUCCAAGUUCCAGCACAUCGAUAUACCCGCUCCCCUCAGAUGGUUCGCCGCCGUUGGAGGCGCCGCCAUGCCUUCUAUGAUGGUGCGGCCUCGUCGGAAGUCGGAACUACGACAGCCUCUGUCCUCUUUCUCCCCGAUGGUCAGGCGAUAGCGUUCAGGCGGUGG